CGCCCCCGGCUCGACAUGGCGGCGGUUCGGCCGCUGUGCGCAUGCGCGGCGCGGAUGAGGGGGGGGGGUGCCUCAAACCGCCCGCCUUGUCCCGCGCAUGCGCGGCCGCCGCUGCGGGGAGGAGGCGCUACCGCGCCUGCGCGCGCGCGCCGGGCCCGCGGGGCUCUUAAAGGCGCCGCGUCCCGGUCCCGACCGCGGCCGCCGGUACCGGGAAUGGAGGCGGCGGCGGCGGCGGCACCGGGCUGGCGCUGCCGGCCUGGGGGGCGGCUGGACAUGAGUCACGGCUUCGUGCGGCAUAUCCGCCGCAACCAGCUCGCCAGGGACGCGUACGAGCGCGCGGUGCGGCAGGCGCGGGGCCGAGCGCGGCCGCGGCUGAUCCCGGGCCCGGCGCGGCCCCGGCGGCCCGACCAGCCGGUGUACCGGCCCCAGCGGGGCGGCGGCGGGCCCGGGGCCGAUGCCAGCGCGGGGCCCCCCUCGGAGGGCGGCGGGGCCCCCCCGGAACCGGCCCGGGGCCCGCGGCUCUUCUGCCUCGAGUACGAGGGGGACGACGGGCGGGUCACGGCCGUGAUCGUGCACCAGGGGGACAGCGCCGAGGAGGUGACCCGCCGGGUGUGCGCCCGGAGCCCGCUGGAGCCCCCCCUGCGCCGGGCCCUGUGCCAGCGUGUGCAGGACGAGCUCAGCAAGCGCCAGGGCACCGGGUGACACCGGGUGACACCGCCACAGCCCCCGCGGGACCGCCGCCCCCGCGGGACCGCCGCCGCGCCCGACCCGCCUCAGGAGCCGCCAGACAA